GGAGGGAUGGCGGCCGGGCCGACGCGGCCUCCCCGGCCUCGCAAGGAGCCGCAGCCGCUGGUCAUUCCCCGGAGCGCGGCGGAAGAGCAGCGCCUCAAGCUGGAGAGGCUCAUGAGGAACCCGGAUAAGACUGUUCCAAUCCCUGAAAAACUCAAUGAAUGGGCUCCACGUCCACCUCCAGAAUUUGUCAGAGAUGUCAUGGGUUCUAGUGCUGGAGCUGGCAGUGGGGAAUUCCACGUAUACCGACACCUUCGGCGAAGAGAGUACCAGAGGCAAGAUUUUAUGGAUGCCAUGGCCGAGAAGCAAAAACUGGAUGAGGAGUACCAGAAGAAGCUUGAAAAGAACAAAAUAGUUGCUGAGGAACAGACGGCCAAACGUAGAAGGAAACGCCAAAAAUUGAAAGAGAAAAAAUUGAUGGCAAAGCAGAGUAAACUUGAACAAAAGAAAGAGCAAGAAGAUGCUGAUUCUGACAGUUCUCAGAAGCAGCAGAGCAGCGAAGAGGAGGAAGACAAAGAUGCUUCUGAGGAGGAGAAAGAGGAUGAUGUGGAAGAAGCCAGUUUUGUGAUGGGGAGAUAAUGGUGCCAACUCUGUGGUGGUUUUCCAGUUGCCAUCGAGGAGUCC